AUGAAUAGAGCAUUCGAUUUUGCCGGACCUUGGGCAAUCGCAGCAAGAGUCCAUCCAAGCCACAAGAAAAAAUGGAAACUAAUUGUGUCGUUGACGAGCGCACUCGAUUGCGAUUGUCCCGCCAUUUGGAGUGCAGCUGUGCGAUGGGGGAUGUGUUUUCCCCGCCAUGAAAACUUCGAAAACUUGAACCUGCCAGGACUUGAACCUCGGACGUCCCCAUCAUCCAACGGCCAUGAUGCGAUGCGCGUUCUUGGCGUCCAAGAGCUUGCCGCCCUUGUCAGAUCUUGCGACAAUCCCAGCGAUGGACGCCGGAUCCACGCCCAGAUCCUUCACAGCGACCACAAGAACAGCGUCUUCCUGCGAAAUCUCCUCGUCCAGAUGUAUGGCCGCUGCGGCUGCCUGGAGGAAGCGCGAUCGGUCUUCGAUUCUACCUCGGAUCGCAAUCUCUUCUCUUGGAAUCUCAUCCUCCAGGCCUACAUUCGCAACCAAGACCUGGAGCAGGCGCGAUCGGUCCUGGAAAGCAUGCCGCGGCAGGAGAUUGUGUCCAGCAAUGCCAUGAUCUCGGCAUACGCCGCAGCCGGGGACGUGCAGCGCGCCAAACAGCUCUUCGAUCGCAUCCCUGCCAAGAAUUCCAUCACCUGGAACGCGAUGAUCGAGAUGUACUCGCAGAGUGGCAAUCUCGGCGACGCGGAGGCGGUAUUCCACUCCAUGCCGGAGCAAACCCUCGUUUCUAGCACUGCCAUGAUCGUGGCUUAUGCCCAUAACGGGCAUGUCUCACGCGCUCGUGAGGUGUUCGAUUCCUUGCCCCAAAAGGACGUGGUGGCGUGGACGGCCAUGAUCCAAGGCCACUGCCAGAACCAGAGGCUGGAUGAAGCUAAAGAUCUCUUUGAUAGAAUGCCCACAAGAAAUGUAGUAACAUGGACGACCAUGAUCACAGCAUAUGCCCAGGCAGGGCAUAUGGAGCAAGCAAAGAUUCUCUUUGAAGAUGCCCCGGAUCUUAAUGAGGUGGCAUUUACGGCUAUGAUCGACGGCUACGCAUCUAAUGGCUGCGUGGAAGAGGCUAAAGCUUUGUUUGAGAGUCUGCCAAAAAAAGACGUGGUGGCUUGGAACUCCAUGCUUUGCGCAUAUGCCUUGAAUGGGCAUUUGGACGAGGCUCUGAAUUUUUUCCAAAAGAUGGCUCACCACGACGAGAUCUCUUGGACGACAAUGAUCCACAUGCUCGCCUCUAGAAACCAUCUUGAAAAUGCAAAGUUUAUUUUCGAUCAAAUGCCUUACAAUAGCAAGAUGGCGAGCACAGCACUCCUCUCGGCCUAUCUUUGGAACGGCCACAUCCACGAAGCGAUGAGCCUCUUCCAGGCGAUCGAGGAGCGCGAUGUGAUUGCCUGGAUGGCAAUGGUGGUGGGCUUCGCUCGCAAGGGACUCCUCUUGGAAGCUCAAGUUUGGUUCGAGAGAAUGCCAGAGCAAGACUUGGUCUCAUGGACUGCAGUGGUGGCCAUGUAUGCUUCCACUGGGCAUGUAACCGAGGCCUUGGAAACCUUCCAUAGGAUCAUCCAGGAGAGCACGAUGCCCGAUCACAUCAUCUUUACGAGCGUGCUUGCAGCAUGCCGCCACUCGGGUGUGAUGAAAAUCUCUCGGGAUUACUUCCAAUCGAUGAUCCAGGACUAUGGAGUCGAGCCCACAGGUGACCACUACUGCGGGCUUGUCGACGCAUUUGCAAGGGCUGGAGAGCUGGACAAGGCUGAAGAGCUCAUCCACAGCAUGCCCUUCGAGCCCGAGAGUGUUGCUUGGGUCUCGCUACUGGCUGCUUACAAAGAUCCCCAGUGUGGAGCUCGAGCGGCCCAGAGACUCUCGGUGUUGGGGUUGGCAUCACAGUCGAAUUUUUACAUGCUGCUCGGCCAGAAUUAUAUUAACUUAAUUUCAUUACCAUUAAGUUAG